AUGACAGAAAAUCGAGAUAAAGGAGUUGCUCAAGCAAGUGAUGACAACAACUCGGGACAAACGAUGCAAGGUGGGGUCGAUGCAUUCCAUAUGCAAGCCUUAGUAAGCCACUUUGAGAAGUUGCUUGACCGUAAACUAGAAGGACUUCAUGAAAGAUUGGAUCAAGUAGAGAAUCAAGUAGCCGGUCCAAGAGCUACAAAUCAAAGACAUGCUGUAAAUCCACGUCCUCAACCCCCUAUUUAUAAUGAGUAUUUGGAGGAUCCAAGCGAUGGAGAAGAAUAUGAGGACAUUCGGCCAAGAAGAUUGAAUCGGCCAAGAGAUAGACCGAGACGACCUAGAGAAGAAGACGGUGGCCUAGGAGGAGUUAAGGUCACCAUUCCUUCAUUUAAAGGAAAGAGUGAUCCCGAAGUGUAUUUAGAGUGGGAGAUGCGUGUCGAGCAAAUCUUUUCAUGCCACAACUACUCGGAGAGUAAAAAGGUAAAACUCGCAGCCCUUGAGUUUACUGAUUAUGCUCUUGUUUGGUGGGAUCAAAUGCAAAAGGAACGGGUUAGGAAUGGUGAACGUCCCAUCACAACAUGGGAAGAGAUGAGAGCAACCAUGAGGAGAAGGUUCGUUCCAUCCUAUUAUCGUCGUGAGCUUCACAACCAUCUCCAACGUCUUACUCAAGGUUCUAAAAGUGUUGAUGAGUACUACAAGGAGAUGGAGAUUGCCAUGAUUCGAACUAACAUUAUAGAGGACAAUGAAGCAACUAUGGCUCGUUUCUUGCAUGGGCUCAAUCGGGAAAUCGCCGAUGUUGUGGAGAUGCACCACUAUGUAGAACUUGAAGAGAUGGUACACCAAGCCAUCAAGGUGGAACAACAACUCAAGCGAAGAGGACAUUUGAGGAAGACUUCUAACUCGUCGGCAUUCGGUCCAUGGAAGAACAACCCUAAGAAAGACACCCCUACUACAUCAAGAUUCAAGCAGGCAGAUCCUAAACAUGAUGACAAAGUUGCUACCAAAAAGGUACAGCCUGAACCCAAUUCUUCAAGAAAUCGUGAUAUAAAGUGUUUCAAGUGCCAAGGAAAAGGACACAUAGCAAGUGAGUGUCCUAACCGACGUACAAUGAUCUUCAACAAUCAUGGAGAGUUGGAAACCGAGGAAGAAAUCACCGACAAAGAGGAAUCAUCAAAAGAAGAUGGUGAUGGAGAGUAUGCUGAAGAAGGAGAAUUGCUUGUUACUAGAAGAACCCUUAGUGCCCAGAUGUUGGAAGAAGAUAAUUGCCAAAGAGAAAACCUGUUCCAUACACGCUGUCAAGUUCAUGGAAAGGUAUGUAGUAUGAUUAUUGAUGGUGGAAGUUGUUGCAAUGUGGCAAGUACUGAAUUGGUUCAAAAAUUAAGUCUACCUACUUUCAAGCACCACCGCCCGUACAAGCUUCAAUGGUUGAAUGAGUGUGGAGAGCUGAAGGUGACCAAGCAAGUAAAGGUAUUUUUUUCAAUUGGAAGAUAUAAGGAUGAGGUUUUAUGUGAUGUUGUACCAAUGAAAGCAUGCCACAUACUGUUGGGAAGACCAUGGCAGUUUGAUAGGCAAGAUUAUGAAGAUGUCUUUCCGGACUAACACUAAGAUGGACAGCAACAGUAUGUUAUACCUGUUCAAAAGCCAAAAACCCAGAAAACGGCGAGGCCUUUAAGCAGAGCGAUUUCAUCCUCUUCGGAGAAUAUCUUAGAGAAAGGGGUGUUCUUCACGCUAGGUUUUGCGGCAGGCAUGAUGAUGAAAUUGGACGAAGACGAAGAUGGGGAAGAGCACUCCGACUCCUCUUUUCCAGAUACGGGUCCUUCUUCUUCACGCGGUGGAUUCAACUUGGUCUUCUUCGGAGGCACUGCUGCUGUGCUUUCCUCUUCUUCGCUUUUGGAGUCUGAGUCAGAAUCGGUUUCUUCGUCUGCCUCGGGUGUACUCUUGGAGUAUGUGAUCAAGCACAAGAAAGGUAAGGAGAACAUUGUUGCUGAUGCACUUUCAAGAAGGCAUGAUGGAUGUUUAUUUCGAGCCAACCAGCUUUGUGUUCCUAAUUGUUCUAUUCGUUCAUUAUUGAAGGAAGCACAUUCUGGGGGUUUGAUGGGUCACUUUGGUAUUUCUAAAACUUUGGGAGUCUUGAGCGAACACUUUUAUUGGCAAAAGAUGCGUAGAGAUGUUGAAAAGUUUGUGGGAAAAUGCAUAGUUUGUCAUAAGGCAAAGUCCUUAAUCAAUCCCCAUGGAUUGUACAUGCCCCUCCCUAUUCCUAGUGUACCUUGGGAAGAUAUUUCAAUGGACUUUGUUUUGGGAUUACCUAGGUCUAAGAGGGGGAGAGAUUCUAUUUUUGUUGUUGUAGACAGGUUUUCCAAAAUGGCACACUUUAUAGCAUGCCAUAAAGUUGAUGAUGCCUCUAAUAUUGCUAAUCUUUUCUUUCAGGAAAUUGUGAGGCUUCAUGGUAUGCCAAGGACUAUAGUGUCCGAUCGAGAUGCCAAGUUCCUUAGCUACUUUUGGAAAACUUUGUGGGGCAAGCUUGGAACUAAGUUGCUUUUCUCUACUGCUUGCCAUCCACAAACCGAUGGGCAAACUGAGGUGGUCAAUAGGACACUUUCGACAUUGUUGAGAACAAUUGUGAAAAAGAACUUAAGGAGUUGGGAAGAGUGUCUACCGCAUGUCGAGUUUGCGUACAAUAGGGCUAUCCACUCCACUACUAAGUUUUCACCCUUUCAGAUUGUUUAUGGUUUUAAUCCUCUUGCACCUAUUGAUUUAAUUCCCUUGCCCUUAGUAUGGUUGCAUCUUAGAAAAGAGAGGUUUCCCGACAAAAGGAAGUCCAAGCUCAUGCCAAGAGGGGAUGGACCAUUCCGAGUCCUUGAAAGAAUUAAUGACAAUUCUUACAAACUUGAUUUACCUGGUCAGUAUGGAGUAAGUGCUACUUUUAAUGUUUCUGAUCUUUCUCCUUUUUAUGAUGCAGAUAAUGAAGAGUCGAGGACGACUCCUUUUCAAGAAGGGGAGGAUGAUAGGAAUAUCAAGGGCGUCCAACAAGCAAAAGAAAUUCAAGAUCCAAUGGACCAAGAUUUAACCAUUGGAAGUGGGCCAAUGACAAGAGAAAGGUUGAAGAGAAUGCAAGAAGUAAUUGAAGCCCAAUCCAACUUAGUCCUUGCUAAUGGGAUCAAGUCACAAUCGGAGGCCCAACAUGUGAGCUUAAUUUCAUUAAUUCAAGCCCAAGGAAGCCCACAAUAG